GAGAGAGACGCAGUUUGUACUUUGUUCGUGCGGGCGUGCUUGGGCAAAAAGAGAUGGGGACGAGAGAGGUUUACGAAGAGAACCUAAGGAACGGCAAUCUCUUCCACGAUCCAACCAUCAACCCUGGCCUCGGCUCCCCACGCUGCCCUCGCUGUCUCUCCCUCUUAAUCCCUAAUUCGGAAAGGGGUGAAUGGACCAUCACUCCCGUUCUCCACGACGCCACUGCUGUGGCUGGGACUGGUAUUGGUGCAAUGCUUAGUGCGGUUCACGGUUUCAAUGCAGGGAUCCCGUAUCUUCAAAAUCUUGUGAAGGGACCAAAGUGGCUUCCUUUUGUAGUUGGGCUUCCCCCACUGCUACUCUUUUCAGGUGUCAGUGCUGCAUUUGGAGGUUAUACACUUCCAAAGUUUGCUCAACUUACAGUGACAUCGUAUUAUGCUGCCUCAAGUGCCUCCCAUUAUGGAAUUUCACUUCUCACCCGACAUAUUGAAGAGGCCCACACUACCCAGACUCGGCAAGAAAAGGUUGGAUGAUUUCUUGCAGGUAUAAGGGUUUAACUUAAGAGUUGGUAAAAUGGUUGGAAACAUUGUCCUCUUGAGGUGGGUGAUGUUGGGUUGAUGAUUACCACUACUCGGUAUUUUAUCUCGAUGAACCGGUCUAUCACAUUCAGUAUGCAUCGACUUUGGGAGCGAAGCAGAAGAGGCUCAGAGAGUGACACGAGUGUACCUUUUUGUUCUUCAAUAAAGUGGAUACAAAAAAAUUUACAAGUGGACUAAUCAAGUAUAUCCUAUGAUCUAAUUUGCGUAUUCUAGGAGGGAGCCAACUCAAUGUUAAGUUCAUAAAUUGUCUACCAUUUAUGUGUUUGUGUUAUUUUGCUUAAGUGAAUUAUGAGGAAAUUCUGUUAUGUCUAUUAGUCUAUGUAUGUAUUUUAAUGAUUUUCUAA